UACGUGCAUGCGCAGUCUGAGCGUGGUGGGUGGAGAGCAUUUUUCUGUUUAUUUUCGUGGCCAGUUAAACGUGUAGUACUAGUAAUUAUAUUAUAGGUUCACUUUUUAGUGUAUUUAGAACAACAGAUAAACGGGUUGCUAACCCACAGCUUACAAAUCUCCCUGAGGUUGCCACUAAGGAGCAACAUGUCAAUCACAAACACUCCCACAAGUAAUGAUGCCUGUCUGAGCAUCGUGCAUAGCCUGAUGUGCCACCGACAAGGUGGGGAGAGUGAAACCUUCGCUAAGCGAGCUAUCGAGAGUCUUGUCAAGAAGCUGAAGGAAAAGAAAGAUGAGCUGGAUUCCCUCAUCACAGCAAUCACCACCAAUGGAGCUCAUCCUAGCAAGUGUGUCACCAUUCAGAGAACCUUGGAUGGACGCUUACAGGUUGCAGGGCGCAAAGGGUUUCCCCAUGUUAUCUAUGCCCGACUCUGGCGAUGGCCUGAUCUACACAAGAAUGAGCUAAAACAUGUAAAAUAUUGCCAGUAUGCCUUUGACUUAAAAUGUGACAAUGUCUGUGUCAACCCAUACCACUACGAGAGGGUCGUAUCUCCAGGCAUUGACUUAUCAGGGCUGACCCUUUCAAGUUCAGGUUCACUCACGGUAAAGGAUGAGUAUGACUUUGACAACCAUCACUCAAGCUCUGAAUGCCACCUCCAGUCCCUGUCAAGAGCAUGUCCACAGGAGAUCUUCAGCAGCCCCUCUCUGCUCCCCCCAUCAGAGGGCGGCAGCUCAGUUUCAAUCCCUGCUUUCUCAACACUCAGUGCAGGACCCUCAAAUUCCACCCCCAAUUGGAACAGAAACAGCAGCUUCACCCCUGCAGGGCCUCCACAUCCGAACGGGCAUCUCCAGCAUCAUCCACCCAUGUCUCACACAGGGCAUUACUGGCCUGUUACCAAUGAAAUUGCGUUCCAGCCCCCAAUAUCCAAUCACCCCUCUCCAGAAUACUGGUGCUCCAUUGCGUACUUUGAGAUGGAUGUCCAAGUUGGAGAGACCUUUAAGGUGCAAUCCACAUGUCCGAUAGUGACUGUGGAUGGGUACGUUGAUCCAUCAGGAGGGGACCGCUUCUGCCUGGGUCAGCUGAGCAAUGUCCACAGGACGGAGAACAUAGAGAGAGCCCGGCUCCACAUUGGCAAAGGCAUGCAGCUGGAGUGUAAAGGUGAAGGAGACGUGUGGGUGCGCUGUCUGAGCGACCACGCAGUGUUUGUGCAGAGCUAUUACCUGGACCGAGAGGCGGGACGAGCCCCCGGAGACGCAGUUCACAAGAUCUACCCCAGCGCCCACAUCAAGGUGUUCGACCUGCGUCAGUGCCACAGGCAGAUGCAGCAGCAGGCGGCCACGGCUACGGCAGCGUCUGCAGCGCAGGCAGCCGCCGUGUCCGGGAACAUCCCCGGCCCGGGCUCUGUGGGAGGCAUCGCCCCCGCCAUCAGUCUGUCUGCUGCUGCUGGCAUCGGGGUGGACGACCUGCGCAGGCUGUGCAUUCUGCGCAUGAGCUUCGUGAAGGGCUGGGGGCCCGACUACCCACGACAGAGCAUUAAAGAGACACCCUGCUGGAUAGAGAUCCAUUUACACCGAGCUCUGCAGCUACUGGACGAAGUUCUGCACACCAUGCCCAUCGCUGACCCCCACCCCCUUGACUGAGUUAGAAGACAUGGACUGUACAAAAAAAGAAAACCAUCAGACUCUGCUUAUUGCUGCGAGCAUUGAGCAGAAUACUGAGUGAGAGUCCAGGUCUGAGAGUGUCAGUGGCUUCCAACAGCUGGAGGAAACGCAGGAAACACGCUGCCAACAGGAGGGGAAAGGAAGCCAGCAUUCUCACAUUAGUCACCAAUUGGAACUUCAUUAUAGCAGGAAGUCAAAGAGGAUUCAUGAAAACUCACUCACUGAUAUGAAUGAAAAACUUAAAAGAGAUUAAAAGAGGCAGGAAUCAGUUAGUGAAUUAGCCUUGGUGGUAGAGAAAAUACAAAACAAGAGAGAGAGUAGGGUGUCAAACACAAUGAUGCAUACUUGGCUGUCAUCUUAUUUUAAGAGUUAACAUUCCCACACUUGUGAAUCAGAUUUAAAGAGCCCCUGACUCAAGAAAACCCUUUUUUAAAUUUUUUUAAAUGGCCUUUUAAUAAGUGAGCGGGGGAAGCAGAGCACAAUUCGAUGGAUUGGAUAAAAUCGUGUUAUUACCUGUCUGAACAUCCUAAAUGUCAUUUCAGCUGGAGCAAACUGCUGAUCCAGUCUCUGCGCUGCUUACAGGGCUAAAUGUAAGUGGAGUUUCUCACCUCACCAAUCAGGACAUUUAUGAGAAAUCAUGUUAUUCAUUACUUAUGUUCUUAUAAGAUGUGCUCUUAAAUAUUUCUCAAUCAUGGCAGUCCUUGUUGGAUGUUUUUUUUUAAUAUUAUCCUUUAUUAAUAGUUGAGAUAAAUAGCAUUUGAAAAGCUGCCGUUGGCUAACCACAGCUUCGCUUUGAACACUAGAAAACCUUUAUUCAACGGUUAUUGUUAGAUCACCAGCCAAGGUUGUUGUGACACUGAGAAUGGAUAUUUUUUCUACUGUUUUUCAAAUACCAAAAUGACAUUGGAAUCAAUCAAGAAAAGGUUAUAAUAACGCAUAAAAUAUUACUCAUACUGUAACUUAGUGUCCAUUAUCACUGCCUUGUUUCAUGCAUGGUUACUGUUGUAUCCAUAUUAUUUCUUAUAAUAGUUUUCUUGAUAUUGUCCUUGGUAAGAUCCAUGAAAAAUGUGUUUUAAAUUGUCCGGCCAAAACCUCUAUUCCAUAUCAAAUACUCAAAUCACAAAUGUGUAUUUAGCUCCAUUCUCGCAAAAAAAUUACUGAACAUAUUUUGAGUUGUGGUUUAAGAUUGGUUUAUAAAAUGUUAUAUCCUGUCUGUUUGUGAUAAAACUACCGUGAACAAUCACCUUUCAAACGUACGGGCAGUGCAUCUCUGGUACUGAAGUACUCACUGCCCCAUUUUAAUUGCGUAUUCUAGACAUCUGCUGAUUAAAGUAGGCAAAGGAAGAACUGUGAGAGGAAGUGCAAGCCAUAUUAAUGCCAAAUAUACCCUAUAAAAAGUGAAAAGGUUAUCACGACGCAAUUUUAAGGCUGUGCCACUCACCUAUACCCUUACUUUUAACUGAAAAAGUUCAGUUUUCGCUCAGCAUAAUUAAUCAACAAUAUUUUGGUAUUUGGAGCUUUGUUUACCUUUGUUAGUGUUUUAUACUCUUUUGCUACCUUUAGUGAUAAAACCAUAUAAUAAUAAUGCUGUACAUUUUUCCGGAUUUGCCUCAUCUUGCUCAUCUUUGUCUUUACGCUUUGUGUCAAACAUUUUCUGAAUAUAUACCGAGUUGGAAUGAUAUUAGUGUUCAUAUGUAUGCGAAUGGUUGAAUAAAAUUCAAUGGGCUAACACUA